CUAAGGAGAGAAUUCCAGCAGUUAGAAUUAUUAAAUGUUAUUACGAAGAUGCGCUUCGAGGGUCGUUUGCCGGAGUCCGUGAAGGGUGCUACCCGAACAGCUAUAAUACAGUCUUUUCAAUUAUGGAAGGGUGUAGAGUGGUGCCCACCUGGCACCCAUCCUGCGAUUAGAUGGACAAAGGCCGAUCCUCUUGGUCUAAUCAAGUCCGAAUCCACUUCUGACUGGCAGGUAGUUGAGAACAGACAGUAUGUGAAUAGGAAGAAAGCCAAAGCAUCCUCUGCACAGACCAUAGGAUACGUUGCCGCUAAAGGAACGACAACAUUGACAAGUACGAAUGAUGAGCCUUUCAAUGCUCGGCGUUUCCGAACUGGGCUCAAUGGCAUACCGCAACCUAUGGGUAUGAGAUGGGACGCCUCAUCAUGGUCUUGUGCCUACGACUCGCUGCUGACCAUAAUGCAUCUCCUUUAUUCCACCCAUAACCAAAUGUGGACGGACAAUAUCGCAGAUUACAACGAACAUUUC